AUGUUCGCAAACCUCUCUUACGAAGAUAAACAUGCAUUCUUCGCACUCCUAGACGAGUACUUUGAGUCGCGCCCUCACCUCCGACCCGCCGCCGGCGGCUCAAACGGCGGCGGCAUCACCCUCAACGCUGGCCAUGCCAAGGCCGCAGCUGCAGCCUUUACAGCCGCUACCGCAACACAGUCUGGCCGCGGCGCACCGUCUGGGCCUCCAGUGGUGCCGUCGCGUACCUACAGGGCUGAAGAAUCGGAAGCGGUGGCCGAGCCAGCACCGCCCGCUUGGUCGCCCGCUGCGCACUCGCCCACCGCGUCGGGGCAGUCGCCGAGCAAACCAUCACCCAUGGUUUCCGCCAAGGGAUACAUGUCGUCGGGAAUGAACAAGAUGUCCAACAACGAUACAUUGAACAAGGGUCUCGGCAAGAUUGGCGCUGGCAACUUUACGAGCCGCAUGAGCGACCGCUUCAGCGCCAGCUCGGGCCCGUACGUUGCUCCGCGUAGCACUCCUCGCGAGCCUUCCGCCGAGUCGGGCGCUGGUGGUGCGGCCCCGACACCGCCUCCAUCGCGCACCGCGCCUCCUGCUCGCGGCGGCCCCGUUGCCGGACUGCAGUCGUCCAAGUCGUUUGGUCACGUCGACACUGGUUCUGGCGGGUCGGCAUUCACGAGCAUGUGGCGCGAUCCCAACAAGGUCCAGGCUCCCACGACCAACGCACGGAUGGCACCUGCCCUCGGCGUGCCCAAGGUCAACAUGCCGCCUCCGACCAGGCGGGUCGGUGCUGGCGCCGGAGCCGCGUCUGGUACCCCGUCCCCCGAGCCUGCUGCCGCUGCUGGGGAAGGCCAGGCGCAAGCUCUUUACGAUUACCCUGCAUCGGACGCGACGGACCUGGAGGUUCAAGAGGGCCAGAUUGUCACCAUUGUCGCCAAGACGUCCGCGGACUGGUGGACGUGCGAGGACGGCAACGGCAAGCAGGGCCUGGUGCCGGCCAACUACAUGAAGGAGCUCUAA